AUUUGAUACUGAGCUCAAUAAAGAUGUACUGACGUAUGCUCCUGGUCAUAGAGUUGACUUCAAUGCACCCGAUCUUGUGGAACUUAUGGGUGUCCUCAACACGCCGUAUAAUUUUACCAUUAACGGAGAUAGUGUGUGGUUUGACUUUAUCACUGACAGAAACAUCCCACGGCCUGGUUUCAAUAUCUCUUUUACUGAAGACCCAGAUGACUGUAACCCUAACCAGUGUUUGAAUGGAGCUACAUGUCUUGACUUGGUCAAUGACUUCCAGUGUAUCUGUGCAGCAGGAUAUGAGGGAACAUUUUGUGGAAUAAAUAUUAACGAUUGUAACCCUAACCCGUGUCUGAAUAAUGGCGCCUGUGUUGAUGGGGUGAACAGUUACACCUGUACAUGUCCACCUGGAUUUACAGGAACCAACUGUCAAAUCAACAUAAACGAGUGCUUGAGCGGACCUUGUCAAAAUGGCGGGACGUGUACUGACGGUGUGAAUGGAUACACGUGUCAAUGUGUAGCGGGUUGGGCGGGCCCUGAUUGUGCAGACAAUAUUAAUGAAUGUGCAAGUGCCCCAUGUCAGAAUGGGGGCCAGUGCACUGAUCAAGUGAAUUCCUAUUUUUGUACUUGUGUUGCUGGAUAUACUGGUACUCACUGUGCAACUAAUAUCAAUGAGUGUGCCAGUAAUCCGUGUAUAAAUGGAGGCCAAUGUAUUGAUGGUGUUAACGGGUUCCUCUGCAUAUGUCCCUCUGGAUUUAGUGGUACUCACUGCGAGAUAAAUCUGGAUGAUUGUGACCCAGAUCCAUGUCAAAAUGGUGGCUUUUGUAUUGAUGGUGAUAAUACAUACACCUGUGUUUGCCUAUCGGGAUAUACGGGAACAAAUUGUGAAAUAAAUGUUGAUGAAUGCGCCAGCAACCCGUGCGUCAAUGGCGUGUGUAGUGAUGGUGAUAAUAGCUUUUUUUGUACGUGUAGUCCCGGUUGGAGUGGAACUCACUGCGAAAUUAAUAUUGAUGAAUGCGCCAGUUCCCCGUGCGUUAAUGGCUUGUGUACCGAUGGUGUUAAUGGAUACAUUUGUUCGUGUAAUUCUGGUUGGUCCGGAGUCCACUGUGACUUCAAUAUUGAUGAAUGUGCUUCAUUACCGUGUCAGAAUGGAGGAACUUGUUUAGAUGGUGUUAAUGCCUACUUUUGCACCUGUGUAGCUGGUUAUUCUGGGAUCCACUGUGAAAUUAACAAUGAUGAGUGUGCUAGCUCACCUUGUCAAAAUGGAGGAACCUGUGUCGAUGGCGUCAACAGCUACGUCUGCGUGUGUGCGGACGGGUUUUCUGGAGACCAUUGUGGUAACAACGAUAAUGAAUGUGCUAGUGCUCCUUGUCUAAAUGGAGGUGCUUGCAUUGAUGGAAUCAACAGCUACACCUGCGUCUGUGUUCCAGGGUAUUCUGGCACACAUUGUGAAAUUAAUAAUGCUGAAUGCGCAAGUUCCCCGUGUCUAAAUGGCGGUUUAUGUGUCGAUGGCGUGAACUCUUAUACUUGUCAGUGCCAGCCAGGCUAUGAGGGCGUGAUCUGUCAAACAAAUAUUAAUGAAUGUGCGUCAUUACCAUGUCAGAAUGGAGGAACUUGUGUGGAUGGUGUUAAUGCAUAUGUUUGCCAGUGUAUUGCUGGUUAUACUGGAACCGUCUGUCAAAUUAAUGUUAACGAGUGUGCUUCCUCACCCUGUCAGAAUGGUGGAACUUGUCUGGAUGGUGUUAAUUCAUACAUUUGCCAAUGUGCACCUGGUUAUACCGGAUCUUUCUGCGAAAUUAACAUUGAUGAGUGUGCUAGCUUUCCAUGUCAAAAUGGAGGAACGUGUCUUGAUGGCGUUAACAGCUAUUUCUGCGUGUGUGCUGCUGGCUUUUCUGGAGUUCAUUGUGAUAACAAUGAUGAUGAAUGCGCCAGUGUUCCUUGUCAAAAUGGAGGGCUUUGCCUUGAUGGUGUCAACAGCUACACUUGCAUCUGUGUUCUAGGAUUUUCCGGUACCCAAUGUGAAAUUAAUAAUAAUGAAUGUGUAAGUUCGCCCUGUCAGAAUGGUGGUCUAUGUGUCGAUGGCGUGAAUGGUUACAGUUGUACGUGUCCACCAGGCUAUGAAGGUGUCCAUUGUGAAAUAAAUAUUAAUGAGUGUGCAAGCACGCCAUGUCAGAACGGCGGUUCAUGUGUUGAUGGGGUUAAUCUAUACAUUUGUAACUGCCUUCCUGGUUGGUUUGGAACUCAUUGCGAAUUGAAUGCUGAUGAAUGUGCUUCCACACCAUGUAUCAAUGGAGGAAUUUGUCUAGAUGGCGUUAAUUCAUUCUUUUGUCAGUGUGGUGCUGGUUGGACAGGAACCUUCUGCGAAAUUAACAUUGAUGAGUGUGCUAGCUCGCCAUGUCAAAAUGGAGCAACGUGUCUUGAUGGCGUGAACAGCUAUUUCUGUGUGUGUGCUGAUGGAUUCUCUGGAACCUUAUGUACUAUUAAUGAUAAUGAGUGCGGCAGCUUACCUUGUCAAAAUGGAGGCACUUGUGUGGAUGAAGUCAACAGCUAUAUGUGUUUAUGUCGAGCGGGGUACUCAGGAACAAAUUGUGAAAUCAAUAUCAAUGAAUGUUCCAGUGGGCCUUGUCUGAAUGGAGGAGGAUGCACAGAUGGCGUGAAUGGAUAUGUAUGUACUUGUCUGCCAGGCUGGGCUGGACUUAUUUGUGAUGAGAAUAUUAAUGAAUGUGCAAGUACCCCUUGUCAAAAUGGCGGAACGUGUAAUGAUCUGGUAAAUGGCUACACAUGUACCUGUCUCCCAGGAUACACAGGGUCCCACUGUGAAAUUGAUAUUGAUGAGUGUGCUAGUGUUCCGUGUCAGAACGGCGCCACUUGUUUUGAUUUGAUCAACUCCUACUUUUGUAGCUGCACCAGUGGAUGGACAGGAGUUACUUGCAGUAGCAAUAUUGAUGAAUGUUCAAGCAUGCCUUGUAAUAACGGUGGAGUAUGUAAUGAUGGAAUCAAUGGAUUCACCUGCACCUGUCCUGCAGGUUGGACUGGAGUCAUUUGUGAAAUAAACAUCAAUGAGUGUGCUAGCUCGCCUUGCUUGAAUGGUGCUGUUUGCUUGGAUGGUGUUAAUGCUUUCUUCUGCCAGUGUGCGCCAGGCUGGACUGGUACAGUGUGUGGAACUAAUAUAGAUGAAUGUGCAAGCGUCCCAUGUCAAAAUAACGGCGUAUGUGUUGAUGGCGUGAAUGGAUACACGUGCCAAUGUCCACCAGGUUGGAGUGGACUCUUCUGCCAGACAGAUGUGAACGAAUGUGAUCCAAACCAAUGUGAGAAUGGUGGAACCUGUAAUGAUGGUAUCAACACAUUCAGUUGCCAGUGUGUUGCAGGAUGGACUGGAACUUUAUGCCAAAUAAAUAUUAAUGAAUGCGCCAGCUCGCCAUGUAUGAAUAGUGGUACCUGUAUUGAUGGUGUCAAUGCAUUUGCAUGUACUUGUGCCCCGGGCUGGUCCGGUACCGUGUGUGAAACAAAUAUCAAUGAAUGCGCAUCAAGUCCGUGUCAAAAUGGCGGAACGUGUUUUGACUUGGUUAAUAGUUACGUCUGUAGCUGCGAGGCUGGCUGGACUGGUUUACAUUGCGAAAUUAACAUAAAUGAGUGCGCCAGUGGCCCAUGUCAGAACGGCGGUACUUGCAAUGAUGGAGUUAAUGGCUACAGCUGUGCCUGUCCCUCAGGAUGGACUGGUACAGUCUGCACGAUAGAUGUGAUUGAGUGUUCCAGCAGCCCGUGCAUGAACGGAGGAACCUGCGUUGAGGGAAGUAAUUCCUACACAUGUUCUUGCCUACCAGGAUGGACGGGGGUACACUGUGAAACUAAUGUUGAUGAGUGUAAUCCAAACCCUUGUCAGAAUAAUGCUCCAUGUACUGAUGGCAUCAACAACUUUGUCUGCUCCUGUCUACCAGGCUGGACAGGCAUUCUCUGCGAAACAAAUAUUAAUGAGUGUGCGUCAACUCCAUGUUUUAAUGGCGGAACAUGUGCUGAUGGCGUUAACUUCUACACAUGUAGCUGCGUAGCUGGGUAUACCGGUCUCAACUGUCAAACCAGUAAUCCAAACCCUUGUCAGAAUAAUGCUCCAUGUACUGAUGGCAUCAACAACUUUGUCUGCUCCUGUCUACCAGGCUGGACAGGCAUUCUCUGCGAAACAAAUAUUAAUGAGUGUGCGUCAACUCCAUGUUUUAAUGGCGGAACAUGUGCUGAUGGCGUUAACUUCUACACGUGUAGCUGCGUAGCUGGGUAUACCGGUCUCAACUGUCAAACCAAUAUCAACGAGUGCGCAAGUUCUCCUUGUUUAAAUGGCGGCGCAUGCGUUGAUCAAGUGAACAGUUAUUCCUGCACAUGUGUUCCAGGAUAUAGCGGUAUUAACUGUCAAAUUAAUAAUAACGAGUGUUCAUCAGGCCCAUGUAUGAAUGGGGGCACAUGCUUAGAUGGCGUUAAUAUGUUCACCUGCAGUUGUCUGCCCGGCUACGCUGGAACACUUUGUGAUAUCAACAUUAAUGAAUGUGCUAGUGGUCCUUGUCUUAAUUCCGGAAAUUGUGUUGAUGGUAUCAACCAGUAUGUAUGUGUCUGUCCUGCUGGAUUUGAGGGAACCCACUGUGGAUUAAAUACCAACGAGUGUGGUAGCAAUCCGUGCGUGAACGGCAUCUGUAACGACAACGUGAACUCAUUCACGUGUACUUGCAAUCCGGGAUGGGCUGGAACUCUCUGUAACAUGGGUAAGCUCACUGGUGUAAACCGGGGUCAUCGACAACAUAUGAAUGCAUGUCAGUUGUCACAAUUGUUAUUCUUACGGUAUCCCGGGUCCACUGAGUGUUGCUCAUGGAUUAGUAAUAUAGAAUACAUUAAUGAAUGUGCUAGUGGUCCUUGUCUUAAUUCCGGAAAUUGUCUUGAUGGUAUCAACCAGUAUGUAUGUGUCUGUCCUGCUGGAUUUGAGGGAACCCACUGUGGAUUAAAUACCAACGAGUGUGGUAGUAAUCCGUGCGUGAACGGCAUCUGUAAUGACAACGUGAACUCAUUCACGUGUACUUGCAAUCCUGGAUGGGCUGGAACUCUCUGCGACAUGGCUAUUGAUGAGUGCGCAAGUAGUCCGUGUCAAAAUGGAGGAACUUGUGCAGAUGGUGUCAAUGGCUACUUCUGUGCCUGUACUAUCGCAUGGACUGGAACUCAUUGUGAGAAUAAUGUCGACGAGUGUUUGAGUGGCCCAUGUCAGAAUGGUGGCACAUGUUCUGACCUUGUGGGACAGUUCUUUUGUCAGUGUCCACCUGGAUGGAAUGGUGUUUUCUGUGAAAACAAUAUCAAUGAAUGUGCCAGCAGUCCUUGUCAAAAUGGAGGCACCUGUACAGACAGCAUUAACAUGUACACCUGUACUUGUUUAUCUGGAUUCUCAGGAACCUUUUGUACCAUAAAUGAUAAUGAGUGUGUCUCGGAUCCGUGUCAAAAUGGCGGCACAUGUACUGAUGGAAUCAGUGGUUACACUUGUAGCUGUGUGCUUGGAUUUUCUGGAACUUUCUGUGAAACUAACAUCAAUGAGUGUCAAAGUAGCCCAUGUCAGAAUUCAGGGACUUGCAUCGAUCAAAUCAACUACUACUUCUGCGCCUGUCCCUCAGGGUGGCAAGGAACCAAUUGUGACAUCAAUAUAAAUGAGUGCGCCAGUGGACCGUGUCAAAACGCAGGAACUUGUCUUGAUGGGGUCAAUGGAUACCUCUGCCAGUGUCCUGCAGGCUGGACUGGACAGAAUUGUGAAGUAGAUAUUGAUGAGUGUGCAAGUGUUCCAUGUCAAAACGGUGCCACUUGCCUGGAUGCUGUCAAUUCAUACUUCUGUGUCUGUGCUCCUGGCUGGACUGGUGCUUUUUGCAACAUAAAUAUAGAUGAGUGUGCAUCUCUGCCGUGUCAGAAUGGCGGCGCCUGUACUGAUGUUGUUGAUGGGUAUAUCUGUACAUGUCUACCUGGUUUCUCAGGAAGUGUCUGUGACAUGAAUGAUAAUAACUGUUCACCAAAUCCAUGUCAGAAUAAUGGGGUGUGUAUAGAUGGCCUCAACACCUUUACAUGCCAGUGUAUACUUGGUUGGACCGGAACCUUGUGUCAAACAAAUAUUGAUGAGUGUGCUAGCUCACCCUGUCUGAAUGGUGGUGUCUGCGAUGAUCUGGUGAAUGGCUACCGGUGUACCUGUCUAAGCGGAUACACGGGUGUUGUCUGUGCUGCCAAUACUGAUGAAUGUGGCAGUUCUCCUUGCCAGAAUGGUGGUUUGUGUGUCGAUGGUGUUAACAUGUACACCUGUACUUGUCCACCUGGAUUCCAAGGAACUCACUGUGAAAUCAAUAUCAAUGAAUGUGCCAGCAGUCCUUGCCAGAAUGGGGGAACCUGUCUGGAUGGCAACAACCAGUAUAUAUGCCUGUGCGUGCCUGGAUGGAGUGGCAACUUCUGUGAAACAAAUGUGAACGAAUGCGCUAGCUCCCCUUGUGCCAACGGUGGAGUGUGUACUGACGGUCUGAACCAGUUCUUCUGCCAGUGCCAAGCUGGAUGGACCGGACCUACUUGUACCAAUAAUGUAGAUAACUGUACACCAACAACUUGCUUGAAUGGCGGUACAUGUAUCGAUGGCGCCAACAGCUUUGUGUGUCAGUGUACUGCCAAUUGGGGCGGCAACAAUUGUGAAAUAAACUUGGAUCCUUGCCAGAGCGCCCCGUGUGUUAAUGGCGGUACUUGCCGAAACCAAGAAACUAAUUACAUCUGCGAAUGUGUAUCUCCAUGGAUCGGUACUAACUGUGAAUUAGAUUAUGAUGACUGUGUUAGCCUUCCUUGCCAGAAUGGGGGGACUUGCACUGACUUUGUUGGGUUCUACCAGUGUACAUGCCGACAAGGAUUUGGCGGAGUUAACUGUGAUGAUGUACUCUAUUGUAACUUGGAAGGUGUCUGGUACAAUAACUAUGGAGAUGAGAUUACUCUCACUCAUUCUACUACGGGAAUGAUAUUCGGCAAUUACCGUACAUCUUAUGAACGUUUGUUGGGAGCACAAGCACCAACAGUGGUAGUAGGUUAUUCUUCCAGAGCAGAUUCUUCUAAAGUGUCUCCCACUUUUGGUUUCACUAUUGUCCGUGAUAACGGUCAGAACACCAUAGGCUACACCGGUCAAUGCUUCUACUGUGAUGAAACAGAAAUGCUUUUGUCAGAAUACAGCAGAGUCAACAAGGCAGACACAUGUCUAGAAAAUAGAGAUAACACACUGUAA